GUCGCAGUUAUUAUUUCAGAACAAAAUUUGGCAAUUUUCUCUUCCAUCCUAAUUGAAAAACAAAUUUGUUUUCCACCCGCCAGUUCUUCCACAAUCCACAUACUUCACUCUCACAGUCUCACCUCAGUCACCUGGCAACAUAUUUGACACAAUUUUACCAAUUCAAACCUAACCCUUUUUUUCCAUUAAUGAUAAUAUAACAUAACCCAAUCUUUUUCCUUAUAAACAUUAUAUUAUAGUCAUUGAUAGUAUAAACUAUGAGUUUUUCAGCAACUGAUCUUUCCUGUGGACUUUCAUCAUCUUCAAUCACUCUACCAUCAAUUAAAACCCACAAAUCUUUCAACCCAUUUGAUAAUUUAUCGUGUUCCAAUCUUCAAUUACCCUUAAAUUUAAGGCUUCAAACUACAAAUAAACGCAUUUUUUCCCCUCAUUCUUCAAUGGCAGGAACUGGGUCUUCUUCAGAAUCUUCUGUUAUGGCGGAGGAGAGAGAAAAUGGCGCCAUUACUCCUGUUUACGCUCCUACUCCCCCUAAUCGAGAGCUUCGGACUCCUCAUAGUGGAUAUCAUUUUGAUGGGAGCAGUAGACAAUUUUUUGAGGGCUGGUAUUUUAAGGUCUCUAUUCCAGAAAGGAGGCAAAGCUUCUGCUUCAUGUAUUCGGUUGAGAAUCCUGCAUUCCGCAAGAAAUUAACUCCCAUCGAAGAAGCAAAAUAUGGCCGUCGAUUUACUGGAGUUGGGGCUCAGAUUCUUGGCGCUGAUGACAAGUACAUUUGCCAGUAUUCGGAAGAAUCACCCAACUUUUGGGGAAGCAGGCAUGAGUUAAUGUUGGGAAGUACAUUCAAAUCUAGCGGAAGUUCACAGCCUCCCAACAAAGAGGUUCCUCCAGAGGAAUUCAAUGAGAGAGUGUCUGAAGGUUUUCAAGUGACCCCACUGUGGCAUCAAGGAUUCAUUUGCGAUGAUGGCAGGUCAGACUAUGUCGAAACAGUGAAAACAGCACGUUGGGAGUAUAGUACCCGUCCUGUAUAUGGCUGGGGUAAUGUGAGCUCGAAACAAAAAUCAACUGCAGGUUGGCUUGCUGCUUUUCCUGUUUUUGAACCACACUGGCAAAUAUGCAUGGCAGGGGGACUGUCAACAGGUUGGAUCGAGUGGGAUGGAGAAAGAUUUGAAUUUGAAAACGCGCCUUCAUAUUCGGAAAAGAACUGGGGUGCAGGUUUCCCCAAAAAGUGGUUUUGGGUCCAAUGCAAUGUCUUUGAGGGUGCAACCGGAGAAGUUGCUUUAACUGUUGGAGGUGGGUUGAGAGAGCUUCCUGGUGGCAGAAUUGAAAAUGCGGCAUUGGUUGGAGUGCACGACAGAGGAAUUUUCUAUGAAUUUGUGCCAUGGAACGGAUCUGUCGAGUGGGAGAUUGCUCCAUGGGGUUACUGGAAAAUUUCUGCUAACAACGGAUCAUACAUGGUGGAAGUAGAGGCGAAAACCGAGGAUCCAGGUACACCUUUGCGUGCUCCUACCCCAGAGAAUGGUCUUGCUGUUGCUUGCAAAGACACUUGUUUCGGUCAAUUGAAAUUGCAACUGUGGGAACGAAGAUCAGAUGGCAGCAAGGGAAAGGUUAUCUUGGAGGUAACGAGUAACAUGGCAGCUCUGGAGGUAGGUGGCGGACCAUGGUUUGAGGCAUGGAAAGGAAGAACCACAACGCCGGAGAUUCUGAGUGCCGCUCUUAAGGUUCCCAUUGAUAUGGAGUCAGUCUUUGGUUUCAUUCCAUUUUUGAAACCUCCUGGCCUUUAAGCUUGGACCUUAAUCUUGUCUUCUGUAUGUAGUAUGUUCUUUCACUAUUAAUUGCAUAUACUUUUAUGAAUAAAGGUGAAAUAUCUUAUUUUAUUCUAAACGGUAUGCUAUUUACUUA